AUGUUGGCAUGUACUCUUUGCGCCUGCCACCACAUGGCAUUCUCCGCCACCUCCAACAAUGCCGCAAUCUUUCCGUUCCGUUUGGAAUUUCGCCCGAAGCUCACUCCACGAACAACACACCUCGUCACCGCUCAACUUUCCAACUCCUUUUCCUUUCAUUCCGCUUCCGAUUCUCAGAACUUGAAGUCCAUUGAAUUACAUGAUGCAUCAAGGUUACCUUGGAUUGGUCCACUUCCAGGUGAUAUUGCUGAAGUGGAAGCAUAUUGUAGAAUUUUUAGAAAUUCUGAGAGCCUUCAUUCUGCAUUAAUGGAUGCUCUGUGUAACCCUUUCACCGGUGAAUGUAGUGUUUCAGACGAUGUUCCGUCCCAUGAGAAGCCUCUCCUAGAAGAUAAAAUAGUUUCUGUACUUGGAUGUAUGAUUGCGCUUGUCAAGGGUGGGAGAGAGGAUGUUCUUUCUGGAAGAUUUUCUGUUAUGUCUCGCUUUCGUGCUUCUGAGGUUAGCAGCAUCGUGGGGGAAACCCUUCCCCCACUCGCAAAUUUCAGGGGCGAGAUGAAAAGGUGUUGUGAGAGCUUGCAUGUUGCUCUUGAGAAUUAUUUGGUUGCCGGUGAUGAUCGAAGUUUGGAGGUGUGGAGGAAACUUCAGAGAUUGAAGAAUGUAUGCUAUGAUUCUGGUUUUUCUCGCGGAGAGGAUUAUCCGUGUCCUGCACUAUUUGCUAACUGGUGUCCUGUAUAUUUGUCCAGUUCUGAAGAGGACUUGGAAGGGAAAGAAUCUGAAGCUGAUUUUUGGAUAGGUAGCCAGGUAACAGAAGAAGGCCUUAAGUGGCUCCUGGAUAGAGGAUAUAAAACUAUUGUGGAUCUCAGAGAGGAGACUGUAAAAGAUACUUUUUACCAAGCUGCUGUGCAUGAUGCUGUUUCAUCUGGAAGUAUUGAAUUGGUGAAAAUCCCGGUUGCAGUUGGGACUGCGCCAAAAAUGGAACAGGUUAUGAGGUUUGCAUCUCUUGUUUCUGAUAUUAGCAAACGGCCAAUCUAUCUGCACAGUAAAGAAGGAGUUCGGAGAACGUCUGCGAUGGUUUCCAGAUGGAGGGAGUACACGGCUCACUCUGCAUCACAGUACGUUUCUAAUCAAACAGUUAUUUCAAAUGAUAUGUUAUCAGAUUAUACAAUUGAAGCUGGGAAACUGCAGGACUCCAAGCCUGCUGAUAGAUCCUCCCUGGAAAAAGAUACUGAUUUGUUGCAAGAGGGUUUAGGUGCAAUUCAUAGUUCUGUUGACUCAUUUGACCCGAGUAUGUCUCCAAAUAAGGUUAAUGAAGAAACACAAACUAAUGGGACCUUAGGUGGAAAUUUUCCCAAUGGUAGGACUUCAUUACAAGCCAUGACUGCCGACGGGGAAAGUUAUUUUCCAACUCUCUCCAGCAAAGCUAACCCUUUGGAAGCUCAAGUUCCUCCUCAUGAUAUUUUUUCCAAAAAAGAGAUGUCCAGAUUUUUGGAAAGUAAAAAGAUUUCAAAACUCACUUCUUCCAUUAAUCAAGUCAAAAGGCUGGAAUGCUUGCCAGAUUCAAGGAGCAUGCAUAAUAGAAGACUGCAGGGGCAAGUGAUUAUCAACAGUGGUCAUAAUCCUGAACCUAAAACUGUGGGUCCAGCAGGAAGUUCCAAUGGGCCAGCUCAGAUUGCAGCUGGUAACAAGUUGAAGUUAGUGAAUAUGAAUACAUCCAGUUCUGUUAGGACAACAGUAAAUGCUUUUAGUGAAAGAGAAAUGUAUUGCAUGCCUGAUGCCAACGAUAUUGAUGAUACAACUAACUCUAAAACGAUUUUAGCCGAUGAGGAUAAGGCGGGGGAAGGCUCUGGGUUCACUGAAGGAGACAUGUGUGCAUCUUCAACAGGAGUUGUAAGGCUGCAAUCAAGAAAAAAAGCAGAGAUGUUCCUAGUGCGAACAGAUGGAUUUUCUUGUGUGAGAGAGAAGGUGACCGAAUCUUCUUUGGCCUUCACGCAUCCUAGCAUUCAGCAACAAAUGCUAAUGUGGAAAUCUACCCCAAAGACUGUUCUAUUGUUGAAAAAGCCUGGGAAGCAUCUCAUGGAAGAAGCUAAAGAGGUUGCUUCUUUUUUAUAUUACCAAGAGAAAAUGAACGUAUUCGUGGAACCAGAUGUGCAUGAUAUAUUUGCUAGAAUUACAGGAUUUGGAUUCGUUCAGACCUUCUAUAUACAAGAUACUUGUGAUCUACACGAGAAAGUAGAUUUUGUGGCAUGUUUGGGGGGAGAUGGCGUUAUAUUGCAUGCUUCAAAUCUAUUUAGAGGCGCUGUUCCCCCUGUUGUGUCAUUUAACCUUGGUUCUCUUGGUUUUCUGACUUCUCAUAGUUUUGAAGACUACAAGCAGGACCUAAGACAAAUCAUCCAUGGAAAUAAUAAACGAGAUGGUGUAUACAUCACUCUCAGAAUGCGUCUCCGAUGUGAAAUUUUCCGUAAGGGCAAAGCUAUGCCAGGGAAAGUAUUUGAUAUUCUAAAUGAAGUUGUUGUUGAUCGGGGUUCUAACCCGUACCUUUCAAAGAUUGAAUGCUAUGAACAUGAUAGGCUUAUAACAAAAGUACAAGGUGAUGGAGUGAUCAUAGCCACCCCCACCGGAAGCACUGCUUAUUCUACAGCUGCUGGAGGUUCCAUGGUCCAUCCAAAUGUUCCGUGCAUGCUGUUUACCCCAAUCUGUCCACAUUCACUUUCAUUUCGACCCGUUAUACUUCCAGAUUCUGCUCAACUUGAGUUAAAGAUUCCAGAGGAUGCUAGAAGCAAUGCCUGGGUUUCAUUUGACGGGAAAAAAAGGCAGCAGCUUUCAAGAGGAGAUUCUGUACGAAUAUCUAUGAGUCAGCAUCCUCUUCCAACAGUUAACAAGUUUGACCAAACAGGUGAUUGGUUUCAUAGCUUGAUUCGCUGCCUAAAUUGGAAUGAAAGACUUGACCAAAAGGCCCUAUAG